CUAGUCUGUGGAAGCGAGUUUGAGGUUUAGCAGGUGUAGGCCCACCAAGCGUGAAAGCGGACAAGGCGCAGCUUUGGAUGUAUGUAUAGUUAUAAGUUAUUAUGUCCGAAAGUAAUCUGAAGUAAUGACACUUUUUACGUCGAGAACGACAACAUUACUUAACCGCUCGGUCAUCCCUAACAUUUGCGCCUGCUAGCAAUCUUUCAUGUGUGUCAUGUGCAUUGGUGUGCAAGGCACUGACACUCUGCUAGGUUACGACAACAGAGUGGCCGUUCGCUAAGCUCCCGCCCUUUUUUAGUACAGUUACACCUGGCUUCUGUGCUUCCCAGACUUCGUUCUAGGUAUGACCCUUUGUUACACUUGUAAAAGGAAAGCCAAUUUUCCACUCUCUUCUGCUAUGUUUGAGCGGGUUGCGUUUGCUCGUCCAUUGCCCGACAUGGGGGGUUGGCCCAUGGCUGUACCCUGUCAUUACGCAUAGUUUGCGCACCACUUGCCCACAUAGGAGCUUAGGGGUCUUCAUUCCUCCAUGUUAUCUUACCCUUGACAUUAUUACACUCUAGUCCUGUCAUCAGCGCCAUUUUUGGCGGCUCCUUGACCUUGGCUUUUGCUUUCCAUACAGCCGGGGCCGGCCAGCAGGAACAUGGCAGAGGAGCCAGUUAAUGAGCAUGGCUUCACGGAGGUUCCCGAGCAGCAGCCGGCGCCUCAGCCAAAGUCAUCUGUGCUUCGUUUGCGGGGCCUACCCUUUUCUGCGGGAGAAGAGGAAGUGCGCCACUUCUUCUCAGGCUUCACUAUCGUCCAAGUUGUUAUUGGCAAACGCGCUGGCCGCUCAACUGGCGAGGGCUACGUUCAGCUUGACUCCACUGCUGCAGCUGCCGAUGCCAUUAUGAAGUUGCACCGGCAGACGCUUGGCCACCGGUACAUCGAGGUGUUCGAGUCCACGGAGGCUGACCUUGCAACGGCAAAGUCACUUAGCGUGGACCGUAUGCGCGGGUUCGUUGUGCGCUGUCGCGGCCUGCCUUAUACGGCGACCGCUCAGGACGUGCUCAACUUCUUCGGGCCAGAUGUUCCUAUUGUUCGCGGUAUUGAGGGCGUUGUUUUUACGUAUGCUCCUGAUGGCCGGCCAACUGGCGAGGCUUUUGUGGAGCUGCAGACGGAGGAUGCCCAGCGCGAGGCCCUUAAGAAGCACAAGGAGAGCAUGGGCGCUCGCUACAUUGAGCUCUUUGUCAGCACAAAGGUCGACAUGAUUCAGGCCAUCCAGCAGAACCGCCUCAUCCUCGGCUACUCUAACCGCAAGCGCUGGCUGCAGCAGCAGGGCAUCAACCUGGGGCCUGGCCCGGCCCCCGGCCACAUGCCGCCUCACAUGCAGCCGCACCACCACCAACCGCACUACGGUGGACCCCAGCACCACGGCCCUCGUCGGCACCCACAAUACGGCUUCAACAUGGGCGGCAUGGGAGGGCACGCGGUCCAGGUGAUUGGCCCGGGCGGUCAGAUGCUGCCGCCCGGGACCUACCAGCUGGAGGUGCCGCGUGACGGCAGCGGCAAGCAGCCUCAGCACCAGCAGCAGCGGUUCGGGUACCCCGGCGGUCGCGGUGGCGGCCGUGGCGGUGGCCGGGGCCCCGGGCCGGCGCCCUUCCCCGGCCGUGGACCUGCGGGCGGCAUGGUGAUGGGCGGACGUGGCAUGCAGCAGUUCCCGCCCGCAAGGCCACCGCCGCCUCAGGUGGUUGCCAUGGCGCCCAUGCCGCCCGCCGCUCGCCAGACGGCGCAGGUGGUGCCGGUGUCGGCUGCGGGAGGCGCGGCUAACGGCGGCCACGGCGGUCACGCGGGCCACGGCGCCCACGCGGGCCAUACGGUCGCCCACGGUGCCCACGGAGCACCUCACGGCGCGCAUGCGGGGCACGCGCCGCACGGCGGCCAGCCUGUGAUGGUGCAGGAGGUGCCACAGCAGGGCGGUGGUGCGCAGUACAUGCCGUACGAGCAGCAGCAGUGGGGCCAGCAGGUGAUGGUGCAGCCGCCGCAGCAGCAGGGCGGCGCGCAGCAGCAGCAGGGGCUGUACAAUGCGGGCGCGGGCUCGCAGCAGGCUGCGGGCAUUCAGGGUGUUGCCCCCGGCACGUACACGCUGACCACCAGUGUCAUCCAGGUGCCGUCCGGCGGCGCUGCGGGUGCCGGCGGCUACUCGGACUACCAACAGCAGGUGCACUCGCUGCAGGGACUGGACGGACCCGCGGGUCCGGGCGGCCUGCAGACAGUCGACAUGGGGCCCCCGCUAAGGGGCGCCAUGGCUGGCCCCGCCCUGGGCGGCGAGGUGCCUCCCAACCAGCCCCCGGGCCAGCAACUCCGCCUCCCUGCCGGCCGUUAUGACGGGCGACCGCGCACGGGCGGAAUCUAAGUAGAAAGCUAGACAGCAUACCACGCGCGCUGUAAGAUGCAUGGCGGCAUGGAAGAGGUGAUGGAAGCUGCGGGCCGUUAAGAGGCGUACCUCAGCGGUUGCGUGGUUGUGGCGGCGGCGUUGUGUUGUCCAGGGCUUGGAUUGGAGGCAGGCUUCCGGUGAUGCUUGGGAGGGCGCGUGCGGCGCGUCGGUUGCAUGUUGCGCAUGGUGCGCGCUAAAGCUAUAUCAGCAAUGAGAUGGGAGGUUAUGCUGGUUAAUUCGCCUAUACUGUUGCUGUUCAGUCAUUUGCAGUUGCACGAACCCGUCACAGCAUCAGUUUGGUGCCUGAGUGGGCGGGCGCUACCCUGAUCCGCAGCAUAAUGGCGAACGAGUGAAGUUGCGGUCCGAGUCUUGAGUCUUUUCGUGUGCGUGCUCUUCCGUUUGCUGUUUGAUCAGGAAAGGUAGGUACCAUGGUGGUGCCAAGCAGACAGCGCAUGCUGGCCAAGAAUGUUUAAAAAGAAGUUUUUAAGGUGGGGCGUGUCGGGGAUUGUGCCAUUUGAACUGCAAAUGGGCUUAUGAGAUGAUGCGGGGGUAAGGAUAAGGCUCGUCAAUUAUGGGAACUACACAAUAACGGCCAGGAGAGAUAUAGCGCAUGCGGGAUUGCGCCUUGUGGGCUUCCAGCUGCGCUCGGCCAGUAUUAUUCACCAUCACAUUCAAGUAAAACGGCGGGGUACGGCGGAGCACGUUAUGGCGAAGGGCUGUUGCAUUGCUAGCAGAUGUCAGUCGCCUUGGUUAUUGUGCAGAGGAGGCCUGGUGUGCCACGUUCCCAGCUUCGAUCUGCGCUGCUUUUUGUUACGGUUGUUAGCAUUGUCACUGACAGUGGCAAGAGCCUUGCGGCGAGCAAAAUGGUCGGCAAGCAAAGCAGCAGCGGUGGUUUGGUUGUGGUUUGGUAGGCCGGUGUCUGCCUGUACGGAGUAAGCAGCAAGGCCAAGAUGAGGGUGCAUGCGCCUUAGACUUCACAAAUGCCGUGUGCACAGUUAUCUGCGCCCUAAGGGUUCUGCCGUAUCGGCGUCUUCAGUUUGCUAGAGACAGAUUUGCCUGCUUCAGCAAGGCCCCUUUGCUGGGUGUUCCUGGUUGACGUCGGGUUUAAGAAUUACUAUUGGUGGCGAUGGUGGUUUGGGUACUACGCGGGUACGGCCCGGUGGGUUCUUCCUUGCAUGGGUGGCAGCAUGGUUCAUUGCACAUACGUUGCAGGCCCCGAGCAAUUUCACUUCGCCGGGGUUGGCGGUCGUAUUUCAUUCGGCCGUUGUUGCCGCAGUGAAGACCCAAUAGGCCUCUGCCCAUUUACGUUUAAUUUUCUGGCGUUAUCUGUUUCUUCCGAGCCCUAAACAGCGUGCGUCGGGCAAAGCGAUGGCAGUUAUGUGGAAGGCUGUGUCGGCGGUAUGUGGGCGUGUGCGCGCGCACGUGUACCGCAGGCGCUGUCGUACAAUCUUAUUGCAUCAAAGGCCCUGGCACGCGCAUGGCACACAGCGGGCUUUGCUGGGUUUGCGCCACUUCGUGCCUUCCAGGAUCCACACUGAUGCGGUGCUUUGGGCUAUGGUCCUCCGCGCAAUUUAGCGCACAUUAUGUUUCGUUAAUUAACAAUAAUGGUGAAGCGUUUGGUGUCAAGUGAAUGCAGACGGGUGUGCCACUGGGUCUCCGCCCACAGGGCAAGUCACGUCGCGUUUAUUGGAGGACGGCGAACAUGUGGGAACGCUCUCUUGUCAUGUAAGCUAAUCCAUCUCAUUAAGGGCGGGCUAACGCCAGCAGUUGCAAGGACGGGGUGAUUCACACAGGCAAUCGGAU